AUGGCUACGCCUGUGAUCAGCUCCAGGAAGGAGGCGGAGGUGGCGGAGGCUAUUGAUAGCUAUGAGAAGUACCACACCACCCACGGCGGCGAUGUAGAGGGGCGCAAGGCCAAGUACGCCGACAUGGUCAACAAAUACUAUGACCUGGCGACCAGCUUCUAUGAGUAUGGCUGGGGCACUUCUUUCCACUUUGCGCACCGCUGGUCGCACGAGGCCCAUGGCGAGUCCCUCAAGCGCCACGAGCACUACCUCGCGCUGAGGAUGGGGCUGCAGCCCGGGGACAAGGUGCUGGAUGUGGGCUGCGGCGUGGGCGGGCCCCUGCGGGAGAUCGCCCUCUUCAGCGGCGCGCACAUCACCGGUGAGGCGCGCGGCGCGCCUCGCCGCGCAUCUGUGCCGUGCUCUGGCCCUUGA